GACUUCUAGAGAGACCAGUUUCAUGCUGUGUGGGACUUCUCAGCUAUCUGCAGCAGGCAACAUGUCUUUGGCACUACUCUCUGUCCUCUGGCUCAUCAUUCAAACUCAAGCAAUAGCCAUAAAUCAAACAUCUGAAUUAGAGCUCUAUGAAGUAGUUCAUCCUAAAAAACUACACAUUUUACACAAAAGGGAAAUACAGAACAACCAAACAGAGAAUGGCAAAGAGGAAAGAUAUGAACCUGAACUUCAGUAUCAGAUAACAUUAAAUGGAGAAGAAGUUGUUCUUCACCUGCAAAAAAGCAAGCACAUCCUAAGGCCAGACUACACUGAAACAUAUUACUCACCCAGAGGAGAGGAAAUCACUACAGACCCUCAGAACAUGGAACAUUGCUUCUAUAAAGGACACAUACUAAAUGAAAAGCGUUCUGUUGCCAGCAUCAAUACUUGUAAUGGGUUGAGGGGAUAUUUUACACACCAUGACCAAAGAUACAUGAUAAAGCCUCUGAAAAGCACAGACCAAGAAGAACAUGCUGUCUUCACGUAUAACCAGGAGGAGCCAGACCUGGCUAAUUAUACUUGUGGUGUAAGAAGUGUUGGCAGGAAACAAGGCCAUAUUCGAACCUCCAGGUCACUCAAUAGCCCAGAAGAAAAAAACUAUCUUCAGGCUGAGAAAUACAUUGAUCUCUUGUUGGUGCUGGAUAAUGCCUUUUAUAACAUGCAUAAGGGGAAUCUAACUCUGAUAAGAAGCUUUGUGUUUGAUGUGAUGAACCUACUCAAUGUGAUUUAUAAUACCAUAGAUGUUCAAGUGGCAUUGGUAGGUAUGGAAAUCUGGUCAGAUGGUGAUAAGAUCAAGAUAGUACCCAACAUUGGUGAUACCUUUAACAACUUUCUGAAUUGGCAUCGUUCUAACCUGGGGAAAAUGAAGAGACACGACCAUGCACAGUUACUCAGUGGAAUUGGCUUCAGAAAUGGACGUGUAGGAAUGGCAGCCUCGAAUUCCUUGUGUUCCUCAGCUUCUGUUGCUGUCAUUGAGGCUAGCAAAAAGAAUAAUGUGGCUCUUGUAGGAGUCAUGUCACAUGAGUUGGGUCAUGUCCUUGGUAUGCCUGAUGUUCCAUAUUAUACCAAGUGUCCGUCAGGGAGUUGUGUGAUGAAUGAAUAUCUGAGUUCAAAAUUCCCAAAGGACUUCAGUGUAUCCUGCCGUUCACAUUUUGAGAAAUACAUUUUAUCGCAAAAACCAAAGUGCCUCCUGCAAGCACCAACUCCUAAAGAUGUGAUAACAAACUCAGUGUGCGGGAACAAACUUCUGGAAGCAGGAGAAGACUGUGAUUGUGGUUCUCCUAAGGAAUGUUCCAAUCCUUGCUGUGAGGCUGUGACAUGUACAUUAAAACCUGAAGCUGAUUGUAAAGGAGACCCUCUGAACGAUAUCACACAAUGAAUAAAAAAAUCCACUAGGACAAGAAUCAAGAAAUCUAAGCAUACCAGGAAUCUUGUACUUAGACAUAUUUUGGUUUUCACUUGCAUGCAUUAUACUUCUGACAUUUUUAUCAGUCCAGCCAACAGGUAAACAUACUCAGUGAAAAUUGCCUGUUUUCUAAAGCCUGAUCCUUAAUGUAUUUUUAAGGAUGGUGAAGAUUGUUGCCUAGCUCUGCUCUUUGGAGAACAAAAGAAAUUAACCCUUGACCAAAACCCCUCACAUUAUGCAAGCUCAAGUCAGAACUGUAAAAUUGCAAGUGGCUUCUGUUUUUACCCCACCCUCAUUUUACUAGUAUAGCCCAUGACAAAAUAAGACCCUUUGAUAAGCAAAGCCUUUGAUGGAAGAAGGUAGAGCAGAAUUCAUGUGUCAUGGACUGAGCCUCAGUAUUCCACUCACCUCGCUCUUGGAAGUGUGGUAGUUGUCUGUAGCAUGUCAAGAUUAAUUAAACAUAAACGUUUUUCAUUUUGUCAUGUAUAGUCUUCUCACCAUCACAUAGUGUUAAUUUUGAGAAGUCUUCAUGCUCACAAUUUAGCUUAACGUUGAGGCAUGCUUCAUUUAUCUGUUGACUUAAUGUACCCCAUAAUGUCAAUGAGUAAAACUACAGCU